AUGAUUAUCUCACACUCUAUUCACAGAAUAAGGGCGGGAAGUAGCCCAGUGGUGAGAGUCCUAGCUCGUGAUGGGGGUUCCCCGUCCCUGAGUGCGACUGCGAUUGUGCUGGUGAAUGUGAACCGGAACCUGAAUGCUCCGACGUUUGUUCGACAAAACCACACAGUCGAGAUCUAUGAGACCCAGGACCUCGGCGUGCCCAUCAUGCAGGUGACAGCUGUCGACGUGGACGUGUCUGCACCAGACAAUGUGAUCUCGUACACCAUCAUAGACGACUCUCUGAGCCGAGAGUAUUUCGGAAUCGUUGCCGACACCGGAGCUGUGUUUGUGAGAAAGGCUUUGGGUUCAACCAGCUCAAGUCAAUUCACAGUUAGAGUCCAGGUGACAGACAAAGGCUCGCCCCCAAAGACAGGCAAUUUGGAUGCGUUUGUGUUUGUAACAGUGAUCCGUAACUUACACACACCUGUGUUUUCGUCUACUCCAUGCAACCGAGAGCUAAGUCAGAACAUCGCUAUUGGAACCAGUGUCACUCAGGUCGUUGCUACAGAUGCUGACUCUGCUAAUACACCAUUUGGACGUGUGCGGUAUGAGAUAAUAGGUGAUGACUCAGCACCGGUGUAUUUUGAUGUGAACCCAUCCAUGGGUGUCGUCACUGUCAGAGAUGGAAUCGCACAGGAGUCUGUGUAUCAGUAUAGGAUUCGUAUUCGAGCCCGGGAUGAAGGUGUGCCAUUCAAGUUCAACACAACGGUCUGCUUGAUAUCAAUCACUCGAAACUUUCGCACCCCAGUGUUUUCAAGACAGUCGUAUGUACAGACGGUGGACGAAACCUUCCCACUAGGAAGUGUGCUGUUGAAAGUGAAUGCCACUGAUUCUGAUGUCUUGCCACCAAAUAAUGUUUUGCGGUAUAAAAUUGUUGACGAUGCUGAGGACCUGCGGUGUUUUAUAGUGAAUGAAGUUACCGGUCAAAUUCUGCUUCGACGAUCACUUCUAUACAGCCCUUGUCAGGCUAAUGUGUUUGUGAUGUACCUUAUUGCCAAAGAUAUGGGCACACCACAAUUGUCAAGUAUGAGAAUCAAUAUCACCGUGAUCGUCAACCGAAACCAAAAUGCUCCUCAGUUUGUUGGGAUUCCAUACAACACCAUCCUCUCAGAGACUGUGUUAGUGAACAGCCUUGUGUUCCAGGUCACGACUCGCGAUCGUGAUGUCAUCGCACCUUUCAACACCAUACGACACUCGAUCAUCGGGGACGGGUCGGCAGCCAGCUUCUUCAACAUUGAUGUGAUGUCAGGAGAGAUCAGGCUGUCUCGGGCCAUUCUGUCUGACCUGGAAACCAGUUACAAGAUUCGAGUAUUAGCUGCCGAUGGAGGUUCACCCUCACUUACCGCCACCACAACAGUGAACGUUGCAGUGUCCAGAAAUCUCUUCUCACCACAGUUCUCUCCUCUUAGUUAUGAAAUUACUGUUUUUGAGACGCAGCCCCUUGGUAUGUCUAUUCUGAGAAUCAGUGCAACUGAUGAUGAUACAAAGAGUCCUUAUAACAUCGUUCGUUACCAAGCGACUGGAUCCCAGGAAGCUCUGAACUACUUCAGUGUGAACAGUGUGGAGGGAAUUAUUUCAGCACAGAGAUCUCUUACACUGGACAAGUCUAACACAAAUACAUACUUGAUGACAGUGAUGGCUACUGAUCAGGGUUCACCGAGCCGACAGAGUAAUCAAGUUGCGACUGUAAGGAUAAACAUUGUCCGCAACAACAACUGUCCACAGUUUGUCAACCUUCCGGCCAGUGUUGAGCUGUUUGUCUCACAAGCCAAUCAGUUUGGCCAGUCUGUCUACAAUAUCUCGGCUGUGGACAGUGAUGAUGAUGGUGGACCAUUUGGCAUUGUGUCCUUCGAUGUGAUUGGUGAUGACAAUGCACCAGUUUUCUUCACUGUUGACCCAGCAAAAGGUUCAGUGUACACAAGAACCAAUCUGUUCUCUGAUUCUACACCAGUUUAUAAGCUGCGAGUUCGAGCCCGCGAUGGUGGGUCUCCUCCCUGUGAGAGAAUCGAAGUCCUCUCCAUCACUGUGAGGAGAAACCAAUUUGCUCCAGUGUGGCAGCCCAGUGCUAAUUAUAUGACCACCAUUCUGGAGGCGCACAAUAUUCUGACACCCAUUACUCGGGUCCAGGCAGAGGAUGCGGACGUCAGUUCUCCAAACAAUGUUGUCAACUAUAAGGUAAUGGAAAACUCGCCCAAUCGUGAUCUCUUCUUCAUCGAUGGCACUACAGGAGAUGUGUACUUAAGAAACUCCAUCAUUGGAGCUGCUUUCGAUGAAUACCAAGUUCACCUGUUGGCUGUCGACGGUGCCUUCAGACCAAUGAACAGCACCACGGGAACCUUGACCAUCACAGUGAUUCGUAACAAGAACCCGCCUGUAUUCCAGAACGAGCCAUACUCUCGCUCCGUCAGUCAGAACACGGUCGCAGGAACAUCUUUGGUCACCGUUGUCGCCUCUGAUGCCGAUACUGUCGCUCCAUACAACUCACUGACUUACGAAAUCAUCGGAGAUGACUCCGCUCCGAUUUAUUUCCAAAUUAAUUCAUUGACGGGCAUGAUCACGUUUGUACAGCCGGUUUUGUCCGAUCUGAGCGAUUCGUACCAGAUCCGAGUUAGAGUUGAGGACGGAGGGAACCCACGACUGUCUGAUGUUACCGUGGUUACGGUAGUGGUGGAGAGGAAUUUGUUUGCUCCUGUUUUCAGUAGUCGGGAUUAUCGGCAGCUUAUUCUCGAAUCUCAGCUGGUCGGAGUUCCAAUUCUCAGAGUUAUGGCAACAGAUGCUGACGGCAUGAGUCCAAACAAUGUGGUUCGGUUCAGUCUAGCGGGAGGCAGAAAGGACUUGGACUUCUUCCUGGUAGACUCUGUGUCUGGAGAUAUCAGCCUACGCCGUCCCGUCAGCGAUGACCUCAACAGGACAGCCGUGUUCCAGUUCCAAGCCCUUUCCGAGGACAUGGGCAGCACACCACAAAGUGCCAUCCCAGCCAAUGUUCACAUCACUGUGAUACGCAAUGAGAACUGCCCCAUUUUUCAAGGCAUCCCGUACAGCAUGACGAUACCGCAGAGCGUGGCCGGUUUGUCCAGCAUCUUCCAGGUCUCGGCCAUCGAUCGCGACAACAUAGCACCGUUCAAUCUGGUUAAAUACUCCCUGAUCGGGGACGAUAUCACGCCGACAUUCUUCAGAGUCGAUCUCAUCUCCGGGAUCAUCACUCUCCGGUCCCACGCCGAUCUCACUACAGAUCUGUCUUUGAAAUAUGUGGCUCGUAUUCUAGCUCGUGAUGGUGGUAUCCCAGCAUGCAGUGCUACAACAACUGUUGCCAUAACAGUAUUGAGGAACAUGUUCUCUCCGAUCUUCAGUAACUACAACUUCCUGACUCGCACCAUCGUGGAAACUAUAUCUGUGGGGUCAGUCAUCGCUGAUGUCAACGCCACAGAUGCAGAUACUACGAUCUACAAACGAUAUUAA